GCCGAGUAGUACAGACGUCCCUCGACAACUCUCACUUUAGUUAUGUAGUGGCACUCGCCUGUUUAUACAAGUGUUAAGUUGAUCGUUUCAUGUGAUACCGCUCGUUGAGGUUGGCAUUAUGUUUAUUAACAGUUCGAUCUUCAAAUAGUUUUGUGUGGGAUUUUUGUUUUGAUAUUCUGUAUCGGAACUUGGAUUUCUAUCUGCGUCCAGGAUAUUUGGAUUGUUUGUGUGACAGAAUGACGCCACAAGAGGAACGGGAGAACGCGCGGGGCGCGGAGAUCGCGGACGCGUUUGAAGAAGAGAUGUUUGGGCCUCCACGCACGGAGCCCGCCGCAAGGCCCAAGCUGUCCAUGAUCUCAGCUCGGCUGCGCGCCAACGAGGAGCGCAAGCGCGUCAUCGAGAUCUGCUCGCAGAAGCUCGAGAACAUUGAGGAUCCGGCGCGCGACCUGCGCCGCUCCGUCUGCAUCAACAACACGUACUGCCGCCUGAGCGAGGAGGCGCGACGAGAGAAGGAGGCGCGGCGGCGGCGCGCGCGCGAGGAGUGCGACGACUCGUGGGUGGGCAAGAAGGCACGACGCGCGGUCGAAGACGAGUGCCUCGCGCUGCUGGACGCGAUCCCCGAGCUGGGAGACGCGAGCCUGGGCUGCGCACAGCUGGCGCGGCAGGUGCCGCGUCAGGACGUGCCGCUGCUGCCGCCCGGCCUGCUCACCGUGCUCGACUCAUGACCGCGCCGCGCGCACCUCCACGCCUCGCUGUGAUGCGAGCGCGAGUGAUAUGCUCGCGUGGCCCGAAUGCACGAGUCGCUGACCGCGUUACCGGACACUGCAUUUCGAGCGCGCUCGCCGCCGGCGCUCGAAUAUAUCGCGCGGACUCCCGAGUGGACGUUCGGGAGCCCCGGUACAGCGCCGCGGAUGACAUGUUAUGAUUAUGUUACCCCGGACCGACAGUGACGUUUAGCCAAUUCUUUGUUAUAGAAGAGUACUUACUUUGUUAGCGUGUUUUUAUUAUUUAGUGAAAGUUGCUCAGGCGCUGCUGAGAGGCGCGGUCCAAA